AUGAUGUGUAGCUUACACUCACAACCUCCUCCAGGGACAGUGAGUGCCAAGACUCUCUCUUGGUUACAGGGAGUCAACGCUUUGGACAACAAGGUCAACAGAAUCCAUGAUUUCCGGUUUGCAGACAUUCCCUUCUAUUGGAGAGUCAGAGAUUGUUAUAUUUUGCCAAAGACAAUGUUUGAUCGGUUUACAGAGAAUGCUAUCAAAGUUAUUGAGCUUUCACAAAAGGAGGCUAUAUGCCUUGGUCACAAUCUCGUGGGAACAGAGAUGAUUUUAUUAGGUCUUAUUGCGAUUCCUUUUACAUAUCAUGCAAAACACGUAAUUGAGAUGUCAAUAGAGGAGGCCCAAAAACAUGGUCAUAAUUAUAUUGGAACAGAGCACUUGCUUAUCAUAACAUUCUCCAGAGUGUUUUUGUUUCAAUCAUGGUGA